UAGACAAUAGUCCCUCGGUGCACACCAAGAAAUCUGUUCAGGUCACCGCCAUCUAUCUAGAGCCUGCUCUGCUCAACUUACCACCAUGAGGUCUCUGCAGGCUGUGGUCGUGGCUGUCCUCCUCAUCGUCGUCGCCGCAACGCUCCCGGCAAGGACGGGCGCCGUCUGGGAGCCGAUACAGGCCGGUGACCUGAACAGCCUGCUGGUCCAGCAGGUGGCCCGGUUCGCCGUGCUCUUGCACGACCUCUCGCGCCACGCGAACCUGGUGCUGGUCAAGGUAGAUCGCGGAGCUAUCGAGCGGUCGGGCGCCGGCGGCGUCGGCACCACCUACCGGCUUGAGCUGACCGCGGAGACAUCGCCUGGCAGGAGCCGGUGGCAGUACCGGUGCGAGGUGCGGGGAGUGCCGGGGUCAAUCUCAUACACGUGGAAGCUCCUCAGCUUCAAGGCGAUCUAGAUAUAUUGGUCAUAUGAUGAUGUCCUGUGUGUUGCUAUGUUUCAUGCACGACGAUGUACCUGUCCAUGUGUGGCAUACUACCUUCUAGCUUGCUCCUCCAAGCCCCGAAUAAGAUGUCUAGUUCGAAUUGACGGUA